GUUCUGUGAAGCAUCUGAACAAGCAGAAGGCAAAGAGGAAUAACACUUUUGUUGAAAAUAUAUUGCACUCUUCAGGAUGGACUUUUGUCCUGCUGGGUCAACUGACUUAAGUAAGGCUGAAGAGGCUGAAAUAGAGACAAUCAGGCAGCACAGGCAGGAGCUUUUGGAGGACAUUAAGAAGCUGAAGGAAGAGAUUGCUGAAGUGUUUGCAGAGAUUGAGUGCUUCCAAAAUGCAGAGGAGAGGCCAGGGGCAGACAGUAAUCCUGGGGAGCAGACCAGCAAACUAUCACAGCAGGAUAAACUUCUGUCCCUGGGCCGGAAGAAAUUCAACAUGGACCCUGCAAAGGGGAUCCAGUAUCUGAUUGAGCACCAGGUAUUGUCCUCAGACCUGCAGGAGAUUGCCAGAUUCCUCCACAAGGGUGAAGGCCUGAACAAGACAGCCAUUGGGGAUUACCUGGGUGGGAGGGACCCUACAAACAUUCAGAUCCUCCAAGCCUUUGUGGCAUGUCACCAGUUUGCCAACCUCAACCUGGUGCAGGCACUGAGACAGUUCCUAUGGAGCUUCCGGCUGCCUGGGGAAGCACAGAAGAUUGACCGGAUGAUGGAGGCCUUUGCCAACUGGUACUGCAAGUGUAACCCUGGAGUAUUCCAGUCCACAGAUACCUGUUACAUACUCUCCUUCUCUAUCAUCAUGCUUAACACCAGCCUGCACAACCCCAAUGUGAAAGACAAACCCCCCUUUGAAACGUUUGUAUCCAUCAACAGAGGCAUUGACAAUGGAGGGGACCUGCCAGAAGAGCUUUUGAAGAAUCUGUUUGAGAGCAUAAAAAAUGAGCCAUUCUCCAUACCAGAAGAUGAUGGGAAUGAUCUUACACAUACUUUCUUCAACCCUAACCGUGAGGGCUGGCUCCUGAAACUAGGAGGACGUGUGAAAACGUGGAAACGCCGUUGGUUCAUUCUGACUGAUAACUGCCUCUACUACUUUGAAUAUACCACGGACAAAGAGCCUCUGGGCAUCAUCCCCCUGGAGAACCUAUCAGUCCGGAAGGUGGAUGAUCCCAAAAAGCCAAACUGCUUUGAGCUCUUCAAUCCCAACUGCAAAGGGCAGAAGAUCAAAGCCUGCAAAACAGAUGGGGAUGGGAAGGUGGUUGAAGGCAAACAUCAGUCCUACAAGAUCUCAGCAGCCACACCAGCAGAACGUGAUGAGUGGAUUGAGGCAAUACGGACCAGCAUCACACAAAAUCCUUUCUAUGAUCUGGUCUCUGCCCGUAAGAAAAAGAUUGCCAGCAAAAACUGAGCCCCGACCUGGUCACUGGCAGCAGGAAGAUGGAGUUGUUGGACAGCUUCCCUCCUAUGCUGGGCUCUUCCAGUGAAGAAUUUUGGGAGUGUUGGUUCCCUCUGCCUCCCACUUGGCAGGAAGAUGAUUGACAGGGCAACUUGCCAGAUUUGCUUCUUCCCUUUCCAAACUGAAGGCAGAGGGGCAGGGUGCAAUCCACUGAGGACUGUCAGAACCAUGGGCAUGGCAUUUCCCAUGUCCGAAUGUAAAGGCUUAACAGCAGCUGGCCUUUGGGUUCUCCCACAUAGCCCCAGGCAUGUAGGACAGGAUCUGAGAGGAGAAAAGAAUGUCUCAAGAAUGUCUCCAGCUCCCACCGCCAUCAAAUCAGGCCUGGGUAUUUUCCUGUGAGGAACCAUGUAGAUGCUCUUGGAGCAGCCAAUCAUGGUUCAGUCAUUUGCAGAGCAGAAAAGCCCCAGUGGUUUCUCUUCCACAAACAGAUGUGUAGUGGUUGUGGAGAAGGGGCCACAGCCACCAAUAUUUAAGACCAGAAGCCCUGUGUUCAAAAGAGAGCCCUCUCUACCUCUUCCUAUAGUUAUGAGACCUGUAAUCUGGGAAGUCCCUUCUCUGUAACUGAGUCAUAGGUUUUAGAAAGUUAAAGAUGUUGGCUGGGGAGAUAAGGGGUAACAGAGUGCAGAGAGGCUGUGGGACCAGAUAAGUGGCUCUUGGUCUUUGGUCUUUCUGUUUUGAGACUCAGGGACCACCACAGGUCUCCCUAGGGAAGAAACCCAAACACUAGCUCUCCUCCUGGCUGAUGGCUUCCCAGCAAAGGUUGCUUCCUUGUACCACCACAGAGGCCUGGACUUUGUAUCUGAAAGGGAAAAACUGGAGGUGCAUAUGCAUACACACCACAGGCACAAGCGCACACGCACGCACAGGGGCAUUCCCAUCUUCACACAUUAGUUUCAUCUGGAGUCUGGGUGUUUUUGUCUCUUGUGUAAAGAAAGAAAUAAAAGUGCUUGAAACA